ACUCUGCCGCUUCAAUAUAAAAAUAUAUCUCAGUACCAGUUUGCUCUUCGUGCGUAGCAUUUCGAAUAUUUUUAUCACGGUAUUCAACGACGACGACGACAACAACAAAUUGUCUUUUUUUGUGUUCAAUAGAAAAAGUGGCCAAGAAUUUGCUUAUAAGUAUUUGGUGUGCAGCUGUGUGUGUGUGUGUAUUUGCGUAUGUGCGAAGUCAACUAAAAUCUGCCAGGCGUUUGUGAAAAGUGAAAACAAACGAAAACGUAAUUGUGGAAAAGCGCCGCAAAGUAUUCAACGCUUCCUGUGGAUUAACGACUGAAAAUUAGAGCACAGCUUACUCCUCGUCAAUAAGUACGGUCACAGCAAGUAGAAUCCGCUGCAGAAACUAUUGAGCUCGUUUCAACGCCGUUUCUCUCCUCCUCGAUUGCAUUCAGCAAACUGUCUGCGUAGCUGAGCGUCUGGAAAGAUGCCGGCGGAAAUUAAACCAUCCGCGCCAGCGGAACCGGAAACACCAACCAAGAGCAAGCCGAAGAGCAGCUCAUCGACCUUCUCGAAGGCCGCAUUGGCACGCGUCACACUGCUCGAUGGAUCCAUUCUGGACGUGACUAUUGAUCGUAAAGCCAAGGGUCGUGAUCUGGUGAACUCGAUCUGCGCUGGUCUCAAUAUCAUUGAGAAGGACUACUUUGGCUUGACCUAUGAUACGCCUACCGAUCCGCGUGUUUGGCUAGAUUUAGAGAAGCCCGUGGCGAAGUUCUUUCGCACAGAUCCUUGGCCGCUUGCGUUCGCAGUCAAGUUCUAUCCACCGGAGCCGUCACAGCUCCAGGAGGACAUCACGCGUUACCAUUUAUGCCUGCAAGUGCGCAAUGACAUCCUAGAAGGUCGUCUACCCUGCACUUUUGUCACGCACGCUCUACUCGGCUCGUACCUUGUGCAGUCGGAGAUGGGCGACUAUGAUCCCAAGGAAAUGCCGACACGCGCCUAUCUGAAGGACUUUAAAAUUGCACCCAAUCAGACAUCAGAGCUCGAGGAGAAAGUCAUGGAUCUGCAUAAGACUCACAAAGGUCAAUCGCCCGCCGAGGCUGAGCUACACUAUCUCGAGAACGCUAAGAAGCUGGCUAUGUACGGUGUAGACUUGCAUCCAGCUAAGGACUCUGAGGGCGUCGAUAUCAUGCUGGGUGUGUGUGCGUCCGGUUUGUUGGUUUAUCGCGAUAAAUUGCGCAUUAACCGUUUCGCUUGGCCCAAGAUCUUGAAGAUCUCGUACAAGCGUCACCAUUUCUACAUCAAGAUACGACCGGGCGAAUUCGAGCAAUACGAAUCCACCAUCGGUUUUAAGCUUGCUAACCAUCGUGCCGCCAAGAAGCUGUGGAAGUCCUGCGUGGAGCAUCACACCUUCUUCCGUCUGAUGACACCAGAGCCGAACACUAGGUCCACGCUGUUCCCACGCUUUGGCUCCAAGUACCGGUUUUCGGGGCGCACCCACUACGAGAGCAAGGCGACACCCGUUGACCGCACGGCGCCCAAAUUCGACAGGGCACUAUCCGGAGCGCGUCUCUCAUCUCGCAGCAUGGAUGCACUGGCUAUCGCUGAAAAGGAGAAGGUGGCCCGCAAGAGCAACACCUUGGACCAUCGUGGAGAUCGAAGUAUGGACACAGAUCCGACACAUGCCCGUAGCCCCAUUAAGAACAAAAAGGACAAGUUAAUCCGUGAAUCGAGCACCGGUACAGCUUCAGCCUCCUCGCAGAGCUCACUCGAGGGAGACUAUGAGACCCACAUCGCUGCCGAGGCAGCGUCCGCUGUUGCCGAUUUUUCGUCUCUCGCUCAGGAUGAUGAGAAGGAGGCAAAGUUACGCGAAAAGAAGCUAAAGGAAAAGGAAGAAAAGGAGCGCAAGGAGCAGGAAAAGCGAGAGCAAAAAGAAAGAGAAAGGGCCGAGAAGGCGGCUAAAGCAGCUGCUGCCGCCGCAGCCGCCGCCGCAGCUGGAGUCAAUGGAAAUGACGAGCUUAACGAUUCUAAAAAAUCGGAUACAUCUGGCAGACGUGGUGUUGGUAUAUUCUCGUCGGGUCGCAAGAGCAAGAGCGGUUCACCGUCAAAGGAUGGCAAGGACAAGUCCGGCAAGGACAAGGAUAAAGAAAUGGGCCGUCUUGGUUUGGUAGUUACCUCUGGUCUGGGUGAGCAAGAGCAAAGCGAUGCCAAUAGAGAUGGUGACAAAAAGCGCGGCUCUACAACGCCCGGCGUUACCCGUCCAUAUGAGUAUGCCGUAGAUGCUGAUGGCAAAGCCAGUAGCCCCACACGUAAAUCGUACACGCCCGGCGGCUUCCGCUACGACCAGGAUCCAAAUAGUGGCAAGCAGCUAGGUGCCGAUGGUCAAGAGCAGCUCUCGCCAACAUCGCAGCAAAAGAAAAUCGGGCUGGCCUUUAACUAUGCGCCAGGCAAUGAAAAUGCUCUGAAGGAGACCGCCGAGAAAAUCAAGUCCGGUCAAUUGUCGCCCCGCACCCAGGACAAGAUUAACCGCGGUCAGCUGUCGCCCAAGUCGAGAGCCAAACUGCUGCAGGAUGGCAACCUGUCGCCCACGACGCGUGCCAAGCUGCAGGGCAGCGCUGUGGACGCCGCGGCAGUGCCGCUUAGCGAUGGCCAGAAGCGCUCGUACUCACCCACUAAGGGUCAGCAGUUCCAGCAGGGCUAUGCCUCGGGUGCGCCCGGCAGCUACAAGCCAAUUAUUGAUCCCACGGCCGAGUUCCUCGAAUCACAACGUUACAAUAAGGAACCUGGUUAUGUGGGCGUUGCAGCUGGUGCUGCUGGUGCAAAGCCUGGUUCGCCCACAAAAGCUUCAGCUGGAGCUGGAUCUCGUGCGAGUGCGGUUCCUGGAGCAGCUGCCGGCGCAGCUGCUGGUGCAGCUGGCGCUGCCGCAGCUGCCGCUGCCGCUGCUGCUAAGCCCAAGAAGAAGCGUGUUAAGAUUAUGGUCAUCACCUCGAAAUUCGAUCCUGCGACCAAGCGCAUUGAUGCCGAAAAUGGCACUAUCGAGCACUCGACAGGCAUCCUCGACCCAGCGACGGGUCGCAUUGAUACCAAGUACGGCGUAAUUGAUCCCAAGACUGGCACUUUGGAGGCGCUGAAUACUAAGACGGGCAAAAAAGAAUUGUACCAGGGCGAUUUGGAUCCAAAGACGGGCAACCUUCAUUUGGUUUCAGGCGUCUCAGAUCCCAAAACAGGACGUAUCGAUGAGACUUUGGGCCAGAUUGUGUGCAUAACGCCACAGGACAAUCCAGUUGUUGAACUGACCGUCAUUACAAGCCGCAUUAAUCCCGCGACGGGCAAGAUAGAUACUGUCAACGGCGAGGUCGAGCGCUCGCUGGGUGUCUUGAACUUGGACUCGGGCUUGUUGGAUACAAAGUAUGGUGAGAUAAACACACGCACCGGCGAGCUUAAGGCCAUCGAUCCGAAAACUGGAAAGAUUGUGGUUACCAAGAAUGUCAAGGUUGAUCCUGGCACUGGCCAAAUCACCAUACUGGGCGUAAUCGAUCCAAAAACGAAUAAGAUAGAUCCUAACCAGGGCCGCAUCAUUGAGGUCGGCCAGCAAAUUGAUCCAAUUGUCGAAGUUACAUCCCUGGCUGGCAAAUUCGAUUCGAAGAAGAACAUUAUCGAUCCCAAAACAGCUCAGGUGGAAACAUCUGGCGGCCAGUUCGACCCAAAGGCGGGCAAGAUCGACACAAAGUACGGCCAAAUCGAUUUGGUCAAGCACACAAUUACCUUCACCGACCCCAAGUCGGGCAAGACGGUAACACGCGACAUCAAAAUCGAGCCAGCCACCGGACAGAUUGUGCUGAAGAACCAGAUCAAUCCGAAAAACAACAAGCCAGACAAGGAUUACGCACGCAUCAUUUCGCUACGAAUCGUCCAACAGCGCGUGGAUCCAGCGACAAAGGCACCAAUCUCACAGGUCAGCGCCGCCAAGGACAAGGACAUUAUUGUUGAUCCCAAAUCGAACCAGAUCUGGGUGCCGACGGGUGCCAGUGAUCCCAGCACCAAGGAACAGCAGUACAUUUCCAGCAGCGUCGAUCCGAAAACUGGCUACGUCAUUACCAUCUACGGCUACCUCGAUCCCAAGACCCACGAGAUCAAGAAACAGACCAAGCUUGACCCGAACACCAUUAAGAUCGAGCCCUCGUCUGGCAAGAUCUACACCGCUACCGGCGAAGUGGACAAGGCCACCGGUGAACCGCUUUAUGCCGCCACUCAGGUGGAUCCCGAGUCUGGCGAGGUUUAUACCAAGCUAGCGCGCGUUGAUCCAAAGACGGGCAAGAUCAUUAUCGUACGCAUUUUGCUCAUUUCGAAAACAGACGAACGUGGUCGCCCAGAGGAAAUCGAUCCAGAGACCUGCGAAAUCGAUCCCGUGUCUGGUCGUGUUCUUAAGUUCUUCAACAAAACCGUGUAUGUUUAUAAUAUGAUUGAUCCGGUAACUGGUGAAAUUGUACAGGUCGAUCCCAAUGAUCCUCGGUUCGCUGGGGCACGCACCACAGUUACCCACACGAUGACCCUGACUGGCGAAAUUGAUCCCGUGACAGGCCGCAUCAAGAGCGAGUAUGGCGAUAUCGAUCCGAACACGGGUGACAUAGAUCCGGCGACAGCUGUCACUGAUCCAGUUACGGGCAAGCUGAUUCUCAACUACGCACAGAUCGAUCCCUCGCACUUCGGCAAACAGGCCCAGGUGCAAACAACCACAGAGACGGUGCCCAUCACUCGACAGCAGUUCUUUGACGGUGUCAAGCACAUUGGCAAGGGUGCGCUACGUCGCGACUCUGAGGGCAGCUCGGACGACGACAUGACCCAACAGUACGGCAGUGAUAAUGUCCAGGAUAUUGUGCUAAGCACGUCGAACCAAUCUGGCGCCGGCAGCAAGCUGGGCAAACCAGUGAGCACACCCACUGUGGUGAAGACGACAACGAAACAGGUGCUGACCAAGAACGAUGGCGGUGUCACACACAACGUAGAGGAGGAGGUGCGCAAUCUGGGCACCGGCGAGGUGACCUACUCGACACAGGAGCACAAGGCUGAUGCAACACCUACCGAUCUAAGUGGCGCCUAUGUCACGGCCACCGCAGUCACCACCCGCACAGCCACCACCCACGAAGAUCUGGGCAAGAACGCCAAGACGGAACAGCUUGAGGAGAAGACCGUUGCCACCACCCGCACCUUAGAUCCGAACAAUCAGCAGCAGCGCGUUGUCACCCAAGAGGUGAAGACGACUGCAACGGUUAUGAGUGGCGAUCAGUAUCAGAGACGCGACAGUGUGUCGUCGACCAGCUCAGGUGACUCUGGCACACCCAUCGAUGGGCCAUAUGAUGGUUCCAGCGUGGUACGCACUGACAACCAGAAAUCUCCGCUCUAUGCAAGCUCUGCAACCACAUCCACUGGCCCACACGUUGAAAGCACCAGAGUGGUGCUCGGCGAGGAUACGCCUGGCUACUCAGGACAUGGCGAGAUCAUCUCUACGCAAACCGUGAGCAGUAAAACCCGCACCGUGGAAACGAUUACCUACAAAACCGAACGCGAUGGCAUUGUUGAGACCCGUGUGGAGCAGAAAAUAACCAUUCAAUCCGAUGGCGACCCAAUUGAUCAUGAUAAAGCCUUGGCUGAGGCAAUACAAGAAGCGACGGCUAUGAAUCCAGACAUGACAGUCGAGAAGAUUGAAAUUCAACAGCAAACGCAGUAGAUUUAAUAAUUAUAUUUAAACAAUUACGAAGUAAAAGCCACACAGCUUGAGACCACAGUUCACCCACACACAGACCGCGCACCACCAACAUACAACAUACAAUCAACAACAAAUCAAAGUACACAGCACAUCCAGUACACCUUUUAUACUACCUACAUACUUAAGUUUAUAGAGACGGACAUACUGAAGAAGAAGGCCACAUGGCUAAAUAUGAAGAAUUCAAUAUUUUCUACAGAGCUAUCCAUAACGUUUUUGAAGAAAUUCAAGCCAAUACAAUAUGUUUACAAUAUUUUUUUUAUUUUUUAAUUACAAAACUGUUGUUUAUAACUACCUUUUAUUAUUAUUAUGUAUGUCUAACAGAGUGCAUUACAAAGCACAAUUAAAGUAUAUUGAAUGUGCAAACGCAAAGUUAAAAGAGAAAAA